GAAGCGAAAACAGAAGCGCUGUAGCUAUGAGGAGAGAAAUGGACGAUAACUUUCAGCUGGAAGAUGGUGGAGUGACAAAGAAUACUGCCAAAUCUGGCCGAAGAGCUCGUUUACCAGCUGAUCAGUCAUUUGAAGAUUCUCGGCUGGCAAGGAAAUCAUCCUCUACUGCUUCAAUAGGAGAUGGCCCCCCUUCUAAACCGGCGCGGCGGCAGGGUGGCUGGGCAGAGGAAAGCUCUGGAUCUGGUUCUGCCAAGUCUUCAAGAAGACGAGCUGCUGAGGACCUGGAGGACCAUCGCCUGCGACCACAAACCCCCCAGGGAUCAGAUGAUGGAGGAGAUAUUCCAGUGAUACCAGACCUAGAGGAGGUGCAGGAAGAAGAUCUGACAAUGCAAGUUGCUUCUCCACCAAGGAUCCAGGUGAAUCGAGUGAUGACCUACCGUGAUUUGGACAAUGAUCUGAAACAUUUCUCUACGUUCCAAACCUUAGAUGGAGAGAUCGACUUGAAGCUGCUCUCCAAGGUUUUAGCACCAGAGCAAGAGUUCAAAGAGGAGUAUGUGAUCUGGAACUGGGAUCAUCUGUUUGCAGAGGUGUCUUCAGAGCUCAGGAUGGAACAGGAUCAAGGAGAGAGUCAGGAGUCGGAAGACGAGGGACAGUGACUUAAUUUACCUCGAGUUUUUUAGUGAGAAUUUAUUUUUAUAACUUUAUGUACAGUAUUUCUUGAUAUCGCAGAACUUUUUCAAAAGUUCUCUUUCUGUGGCCAAUUUCUGUUUUUUGAUUUGUUGAGUCUCUUGUUUUUAUAUUUAUUUUGAGUUGAAUGGCCCGAAGGCCAUCAUUUGAAAGAAGUGGUUUCAGAUAAAAAUGUCCUCUGUGUACUGAGCAUUAUCAGGAUCUACAUACAAGUCCAAGGUUGAUAAUCAGUUAAGCUGAAAUCCAGUUGAUUGUGUUCAAAUUAACAUUCUUCAUUAAAGCCUACAACCUUAUUGUUAUUGACUCUGCCAUUGACUUUAUCUUGCAGCUCUUCGAUAGGAGCAACCCCUUCUUCACUAUUAUCUCAAAUGCAUUGAGCAGAGUUCCUAUUGACACCUGGUGGAUUAGCAUACAUUAUACUUUUACUGAAUUAAAAGGCAUGGAUGGAAAUCUGAAUCAAGAUGGCUGCGACUUUAUAAAGUGAUGAGAAAAUUAGUCUUUUUUCAUGAUGUGUGGACUAAAAAUAAAAAAACAUGUUUUGUUGCUUUUCAUUGUAAGUUUCUGGUUGCUAAUAAAAAUAAGAAACCUUA